AUGAAACAGCUGUACAGUGCUUCUCGGCUUUUCAGCAUAGAUUGGCUUCACUUACAGGACGAAAUCCCACAAGAAUCCCAAAUCUCCUCACACUACCAACAAGACUUCUUGUGUUUUAGUUUGUUUCAACUACUGGAACCCGAAGCCAUUGUAAAAUGUCGUAAAGUGGAUCGCGAUCUUGUUCAGUCCAUUCUGCCCGCUUGUUUGCAAAACUAUGAACAGCAGACGCGUUCAAAGUGUACUGUCACUAUUUCCAAUGACUGUCUUCCAGACACGUGUGCAGGCGGUGUUGAGUUAUCGAAUAAGGACGGGCGCAUCAGAGUGGUGAACACACUCGAAAGCCGAUUGGAACAGAUCGGUGAACAAAUGAUGCCACAACUGCGCGAGAUAUUGUUCGGUGUCAACGAAAACCGGAAGUUCCGUGAUUAGGGAACCGACCCUUUCGGGAAUACCACCUCUGUAUUCCACCGCAUAAUACUACUGUAUUCGACCAGUCCACCCUAUUACUUACUUUGUCGAAGCUAUAUUUUGAGAGAAAUUGCACGGCUACUGACGCUUGUUCAUCUGCUAAUUCUUGGACACGGUGCUGUUACGUAAUUUUCCGUUGUUUAUCUGAUUUCCUGUUGAAAAUCCUUUUGCUCUCAAUCACGUGAUACAUUGUCU